GCGAGCGCAGCUUUACAGCGGGAAGCGCUGGAUGGAGAAGGAAGAAGGGAGAGAGGGAGGGUGGCGAUAAACGCUUAUUGUUCUUGAGGAGCCUGAACUGGAGGUGUGGCAUCUGCCGGGCGUUGUCAGGGAGACAGAGUGCUGGCUGUUCCCUCUUCCUCUUAGCUGAUCACUCAGACGGGGGACGCUGAUCCUUAUGGCAUCUAGAACAGCAGCCACAGGUGGCCAUGCUGUUCUCUUUGUUCUCUUGUGCUUUGGGGCUCUCCCUCCUGCCACUCCUCCUGUUUCAGUGCCCCGCCCACGCUUGCCCUGCCCGCUGCGAAUGCUCUGUGCCCACGCGUUCUGUGUCAUGCCAUCGCAGACGGUUAGCACAGGUGCCUGAGGGCAUCCCAAUAGAGACACGGUCACUGGACCUCAGUAAAAACCGGCUGCGCAUUGUGACGCCACAGAACUUUUCCUCACUGCUGUUGCUGGAGGAGCUGGAUCUCAGCAACAACUUGUUGUCUUCUGUGGAACCUAACAGCUUUCGUGCCCAGCCACGGCUACGCUCGCUCCGACUGCGAAGCAAUCAGCUAACACUGCUGCCGCGUGGAGCACUGGCGGGCCUCAGUGAGCUCACUCUGCUGGAUGUCAGUCAAAACCGUCUUGUUAUUCUGCUGGACUAUGGCUUUGAGGAGCAGCGGAGGCUGAGGGUACUAGAGUUGAGUGAUAAUGAGCUAGUGUUUAUUGCCCCACGGGCGUUCAGUGGACUGGCGUCCCUUCGCUCUCUGACGCUGCAGCGCUGCAACCUGAGCACAGUGCCCACGCAUGCUCUUGCACAUCUGCAUGGUCUAACCAGCUUAAGAUUGCGAGAUUUAGGCAUUGCAGAGCUUCAGUCACACACUUUUAAGGGUCUGCCACGACUAAAACACCUGGAAGUGGAUCGCUGGCCUUUGUUAGAGGGGUUUCCAACAUCUGCUUUACAGGGGCUGAACCUUAGCAUGCUAUCCAUUACCCACACCAACCUGACAUCCGUGCCAGUCGUGACACAUCUAUUGUAUCUGACGCAUCUUAACCUGUCCUACAGCCGUAUACGGGUCCUGCCAGCAGGGUGGUUAAGAGGCAUGGACCGACUGGAAGUUCUACGUGUGCGCCAGGCUAAUCUGCUCAGUGUGGAACCACAAGCAUUUCAAGGAGCCUCCUCACUGCGCAUUCUUGACCUUUGCUAUAACCGUCUCGCCACACUUGAGAGGAGUGUUUUUCCUGCUACUGAGGCCCUGCAGACUCUUUUGAUUGGCCAGAAUCCGUUAGUUUGCGACUGCCGUCUACGCUGGCUCCUGGAAAGAACUCCGCCUUUGCUGUAUGGAGAUGUUCAACCUGAAUGUAGUGCUCCUGCCCCCUUGGCUGGAAAGCCUCUUCGAGACCUUGUGGAAGCUCAAAUCUCUCGCUAUGUAAUCUGCACCAAACCUAGGGUCAUCUCCAUGGCGUCUUACCCAUCGCAGGCAGAAGAAGGACAGAGAGCUUGGCUGUACUGCAGUGCUGAUGGAGCUCCGCCUCCUUCAGUGUCAUGGCUAACACCACUUAGGCGACACAUUACCACAAAGAGUACUGGAAGAGUGGUGGUCCACACUAAUGGCUCGCUUGAGUUUCGCAUGGCAGAGCCUCAGGAUAGUGGCAUGUACAUCUGCGUAGCAUCAAACCCAGCAGGUAAUGCUACUCUUUCUGUAACACUCGCAGUUAAAACCUCUGGAAUCAGGGACAGGGCCCUUUACGCAAACCGCAGCUUUCUUUAUGACCCCGACUACAACAGCUCCCUGAUAAAUGGCACAGAGGAGUACACCAUCAGGGUGGUCCUGGACUUCACCACCAUCCUAGUCUCUACAGCAAUGGGCUGCCUCAGCUUCCUGGGUGUUGUUUUGUUUUGUUUCUUGUUGUUGUUUGCAUGGAGUCGUGGCAAAGGGAAGCACAGAGGAAGCGUGGACAUUCAAUACGUUCCACGAAAGCGGAAAGGCGCUAACUCAGAACUUACAGAAACAAGCGGGCCCAGACGAGUCAACAUGAAGAUGAUCUGAACUUUGUGAAUGACAGAGGAUUUCACAGGUUGCAUGGUUGCGUAUGCGUAUCUGUUGGACUUUGUGAGUCUUUGGGUAAAUGUGCUGCACAGGAUGUGUUUAGUCAUGAAAGUUUACAUGUGGUAUCCCAAUGAAAAAAAAAGAGAGCAAAAGAACUACGCCAAACCAUACAACGCGCGUCUUCUGCGAUGCUUUGUCUGUGGAAAGCAUUAUUUGGACAUUGCAGACGUGAUUUAGUUCAAGUUGUUGUAUAUAUUUCAUAUUUGUGGGAAAGAAUGGUAUAUUUCUAUAUAUAAAUAUAUAUACACACACACACAUGAAUAUAUAUCUAUUUACAGAUACGUUACAAUUACCUUUCAAAACGCUGCAAAAACUCAAAAGUUGUCUUCCCCAAUAAGCAAAGUAUCUACUGGAACAAGCCUCGGCUGUGCUGUGUUGUGAAGUGUUUGGUUUUGCUCAGAAUUCUUGUUCUCCUGGGACAUCCUCUUCUUAGCAGAACCUCCAGGGGAACCGGGGAGUUUUCUGCCAUUUUGUUGUAAAGAUUUUAAAAAAUGCAAGAAGCUGUUGACAUGGUGGGUUCCAGGGGCUGUAUUUGUGACUCAGUGGAAAUCUGUGGAACUGUGUGAAAAUGUUCUUUUCUUUUCUUAUGUUCUGUCAAAUGCUGCUCAAAUGUUUUUACAUACUAAAUAUCUGGUUAUAUUUUCCAAAGAAAAUAAAUAUAAAUCGUAAAGCUUGAUAAGUGUUACUGUCAUCUUAGAUCUUAUUC